CUUGAGAGGAAGUGAGGGAAGACUAGAGGAAUGUGUUGGAGAUUUGAGGGAGAGUUCAGCUGGGAACGUGCUAUCUGCCAAAAGAAGAGAAAGAGUAUACAAAAAGGCAAAAUACUCAAACUAAACGAAUGAAAACAUGCCACAUUUUACUGUGGUACCAGUGCAGGAUAACUCACCGUCCAACUAUGACAGUCUGGAGGGAAUAAACUGGGUGGAUUACAGAGACACAGGACAGGGAGGAUACCCGGGACAUGGAGACACAGUCAGUUCGGAUGGUCAUGGAGCUCACAAAGAAGACAGUCCCUUCCUCAGCAGUUCAGACUCAGCAUCUAAACGAAAUGACUACUAUGACAAAAACCUGGCCUUGUUUGAGGAAGAGUUGGACAUCCGGCCAAAAGUCUCUUCUCUCCUUAGCCGACUGGUCAGUUACACAAACGUUACUCAGGGUGUCAAAGAACACGAGGAGGCAGAGAGUGCAGAUGCAUCUACAAGAAAACUCCCUCAAUCUCCAAAUAUGGGCACACUGAUGGGAGUGUACCUGCCAUGUCUGCAGAACAUAUUUGGUGUGAUUCUCUUUCUGCGCCUCACCUGGAUAGUGGGAACAGCAGGUGUCGCCCAAUCCCUUCUCAUCGUUCUCAUGUGCUGCUCGUGUACAAUGUUAACUGCAAUAUCGAUGAGUGCCAUAGCCACCAAUGGUGUAGUCCCAGCUGGUGGAGCGUAUUUCAUGAUAUCUCGCUCUCUGGGCCCUGAGUUUGGUGGUGCAGUUGGUCUUUGUUUUUAUUUGGGCACAACCUUUGCAGCUGCCAUGUACAUACUGGGAGCAAUUGAAAUAUUUCUGAAAUAUCUGAUUCCUCAAGCUGCCAUAUUCCAUCCCCCAGGGGGCAGUGCAAUGCUGAAUAAUAUGCGGGUGUAUGGCACAAUUUGUUUGAGCCUCAUGGCUGUGGUUGUUUUUGUGGGGGUCAAGUAUGUCAACAAGUUUGCCUCUCUCUUCCUGGCCUGUGUCAUAAUCUCCAUCGUUUCCAUCUAUGCCGGAGCUGUAAAAUCUAUCUUCUACCCUCCUGACUUUUCGGUCUGCAUGCUAGGAAACCGGACUUUGGUUCGGCAUCACUUUGAUGUUUGUGCCAAGACAGUGGUUGUUGGUAAUGACACUGUUCCCAGCAACCUGUGGAAGAAUUUCUGCAGCUCUGAAAACUCCAGCACAGUUCACUGUGAUGAAUACUUUCUGCAGAACAAUGUUACAGAGAUACAUGGCAUUCCUGGGUUGUCCAGUGGCAUCAUCACAGACAACAUGUGGGGGGAAUACAUGGAGAAAGGACAGAUUCUAGAGAAAGCGAGUCUUUCCUCUGUUGAUGUCCAUGGCUCCAUGGAGAGUGUUGGCUUCUAUGUGACUGCUGACAUUGCCACUUCCUUUACACUCCUAGUGGGAAUAUUUUUUCCUUCUGCUACAGGCAUUAUGGCUGGAUCGAACAGAUCUGGAGAUCUAAGAGAUGCCCAGAAAUCUAUACCUAUAGGGACAAUUCUGGCCAUUACAACCACCUCUCUUGUCUAUUUCAGCUCUGUGGUUUUGUUUGGGGCCUGCAUUGAGGGUGUGGUGCUCAGAGAUAAAUUUGGAGAAGCAGUCAGUAAAAACAUGGUAGUUGGUACACUGUCUUGGCCCUCUCCAUGGGUCAUUGUGAUUGGCUCCUUCUUCUCCACAGUGGGUGCAGGACUUCAGUCCCUGACAGGAGCCCCCCGCCUUCUGCAAGCCAUUGCUAAGGAUAACAUCAUUCCUUUCCUUAGAGUGUUUGGACAUGGUAAAGCUAACGGAGAGCCAACAUGGGCUCUGUUACUGACAGGACUCAUAGCAGAACUCGGCAUCCUCAUUGCUUCACUCGAUAUGGUUGCUCCUAUUCUCUCCAUGUUUUUCCUGAUGUGUUAUCUUUUUGUAAAUUUGGCGUGCGCAGUACAAACUCUUUUAAGAACACCAAACUGGAGGCCAAGGUUUAAAUACUAUCACUGGGCUCUGUCUUUUCUGGGCAUGAGUACGUGUUUAUCACUUAUGUUCAUCUCCUCAUGGUACUAUGCCAUUGUGGCCAUGGGCAUUGCUGGUAUGAUCUACAAGUACAUUGAAUAUCAGGGAGCAGAGAAGGAGUGGGGAGAUGGGAUCCGUGGGUUGUCUCUUAGUGCGGCACGCUAUGCUCUCCUCCGCCUGGAAGCUGGGCCACCCCACACUAAAAACUGGAGGCCACAGCUGCUGGUUCUGCUGAAGUUGGAUGAAGAUCUGCAUGUCAAGUAUCCCAGAAUGCUUACCUUUGCCUCACAGUUAAAAGCAGGAAAAGGCCUAACCAUUGUAGGAUCUGUAAUUCAGGGAAACUACCUGGAAUGUUAUGGAGAAACACAGGCAUCGGAACAUGCAAUAAAGAACAUGAUGGAAAUCGAGCGAGUUAAGGGCUUCUGUCAGGUUGUGGUUGCCUCAAAAGUGAGAGAGGGGAUUGCACACCUGAUCCAGUCCUGUGGUCUGGGAGGCAUGAAGCACAACACGGUGGUCAUGGGUUGGCCAUAUGGCUGGAGACAAAGUGAAGACCCUCGCGCUUGGAAAACCUUUAUCAAUACAGUACGCUGUACUACAGCUGCCCACCUGGCUCUAAUGGUCCCAAAGAAUGUGUCAUUCUAUCCCAGCAACCACGAGCGCUUCACCGAUGGAUACAUUGACGUUUGGUGGAUUGUCCAUGAUGGUGGCAUGCUUAUGCUCCUGCCUUUCCUUCUCAAACAACAUAAGGUUUGGCGUAAGUGUAAGAUGCGUAUCUUCACUGUGGCCCAAAUGGACGAUAACAGCAUUCAGAUGAAGAAGGACCUGGCAACCUUUCUGUACCAGCUCAGAUUGGAAGCAGAGGUGGAGGUGGUUGAGAUGCAUGACAGUGACAUCUCAGCGUAUACGUAUGAGCGGACACUGAUGAUGGAACAGAGGUCACAGAUGCUAAAACAAAUGAGACUGUCCAGUGCAGAAAGAGACAGAGAGGCCCAGCUAGUAAAGGACAGACACUCAUUAGUAAGAAUGGGCAGUCUGUACUCAGAUGAGGAGGAAGAAACCAUUGAAGUACUGCCAGAGAAGAACCUUAUGACUUGGACCUUUGACAAGGUAGAAGCAGAGAGACGAAACAGAAACAAUGCACCAGAAAACUUCAGAGAGCUAAUCAGCAUCAAACCUGAUCAGUCGAAUGUUCGGAGGAUGCACACAGCUGUCAAGCUCAAUGAGGUCAUUGUUAAUAGAUCCCAUGAUGCCAGACUGGUGCUGCUAAACAUGCCAGGUCCUCCACGCAAUCAAGAGGGAGAUGAAAACUAUAUGGAAUUUCUUGAGGUGUUGACAGAGGGUCUUGAAAGAGUGCUGCUUGUAAGAGGAGGAGGUCGGGAGGUCAUCACCAUCUAUUCCUGAAAGGCCAAAGAUUAAUACUUGUG